ACUCGCUGCAGUUUGUCCCCAGACCUCCAGUGCUUCAAUGCUCUUCAGUUGUGUUUUACCGGCGGCUGGACUAAGUGUGUGUCUCUCACAAGGUGCGUCGGUGAGAGUGUGUGUGUGUGUCUGUGUGUAUGGCAGAGGGUGUUUGCUUGUGUGUCUGAGCAGGCUUGGGACCAAAGCACUGCGGAUUUGUGUACGGCAUAUUCUGCGGACUGAUGCCCUCUGCUUCUCCGGACAGGACACACAGAUUUACCUGCUCAAAAGAGGUCAGAGGGCAAACGAAUAACCCAAACAACUGAACCAAAUGGAGUUCUGAAACUUCAUCUUCACCGCUGAGCAGAUCCCUGAUCUUCCAGACCUCUGAGACCUGGAAAGGCCUUUGACAGGAGGAGUCUUACGCUUGAUGUAAAAAACUGUAAGCACAGUUUGAUCUAGUACACAACUGCCAAGAAGAAGUCAGGAGUCUUUGCCACCCACGCAGCAUCUUCAGGAACAAAGACUUCUGGGAAAGUACCGAGAACUGCUGAGAAGGGCUGGUGGACACAGCAAAAGGAAAGAAGAAAAAAGUCAAGAUCAGGAUGGUGUCACGGAGCGGAGGGCGUCUAAGAGGAGGAGGAAGUAGAGGAGCUUCAUCAGAAGGAAGCGUGUCCUGUCUUCUGCUUGCACUCAUCAUUGGUGUGUGCUGUGUUCAUGCUUUGGAAAUGAACACGGGCAAGGUGCCUUUCUUGGAAGCUGUGAAUGGGAGCACAGUCCUUCUGCCCUGUACCUAUGCCAGCUGUAUUGGGAUCACUAACCUAUACUUCAAAUGGGAGUUCAAUGAUAAUGGCACUAUGCAGAAGGUGGCAGAUUCUGUGAUUCCAACUGAUCAUAUGGAGCCAAAUAAGGUGCAAAUUUACCGUGAGCGGGUGGAGUAUGUUGGCUCUAGUAAAGAAAAUAACAUCUCUAUCCUGCUUUGGAAUGUCACAUUCGAGGACGCAGGCGUCUACACCUGCUUCGGCAAAAACCCCAAAGAGAAGGGCAGGAAUCAUAGCGCCUUUUUCACUCUCUAUGUAGUAGAGGAACUAAAGGUGGUCGAUAACACGCUCACCAUCAUCAUCGCCUCCUGUGUUGGUGGAUUCAUCGCUUUUCUAAUGACCUUCAUGCUGCUAAAGAACUUAACCCUGUUCGUUCUCGCAAAGAUGGAGGAAAAAAAUAAGGAGUGCCUUGUCACCUCCUCAGGGAUUGAUAACACAGAGAACGGUCUGUCGGGCUCCAAAUCUACACCAAAGAAAGCAUGACAGCGUGCAACCAAACACAACCACACAUGCACGUGAAUACAUGGAUCAGCCAUCAUGCCGUGCUCUCGCUGUUCAUUCACAUCCGUGUUUAGAAACACAAUAUGCUUCUGUUUUCAUGAGCAAUGAUAGUAUGAAUCUAACUUUAAAAAAUGUCCAUUCGUACAUUUCAAUGCUGUUCACACGGCUCAUUUUAAACAUUCGCAAACACGGAUAUGAAUGACAAAAGGGCAUUAUGUAUUUCUGCAUAUAUUGAAAUUUAUAUAUGCAUUUAAAUAUGCACCACAUGCAGCCUCAUGCACUUUAGUUUCUCAGCCCACACUGAAUCUGUGGGCUGUAUUUAUUCUUAUGAUAGAAAAAGAAAAUAUUUUCUUCGAAUAUUGCUUGAGACAGGGAUAAAUGUAGCUAUGCUAUUCAUUUAGUUCAUUGAACUGGACUGUAAAACUGUGAAGGGCCCGUGGCCUCAUGUAGGUGCCUGAAUUCAGGAACUGAGUUCAGCACAAGUAGAUUAAUAUUUUGGGAUGACUUUUUGUUUUGAGCAAGGGUCUUGUUUGUCAAAAUGCAAUCAGUUUAAAAAAAAAAGUAUCUGUAGUAGUACGGAGACCCAGAAGGGAUGUGAGGGUGGGAAAAAAAAAAACUGUGAUAGGAAAAUCCGUUUCUGCCAGGAUUCUCCUGGACGCACUCCGUGUUAUAAAGUGAUCCCAGAUCAGCUUCUGUACACAACUUCUUUACACACAUCUGUCAAACAAAGCAAAACGAGAGAUUCAUUUGCUGCUCUUCACUUGUUUAAUAGCAGAGGUGUCACUGUAAGAAUACACUGAUCUGUAAUGAAAGCAUUUGAUUACUCUAGUAAUUGUUUAUUAUGCUCAUUUAAGAGAAUUAAAAAAAAAAAAACAUGCAAGAUGGACUUGUUUACAUAUUAUUAAGUGUAUUUGUUGUUUGUAUUCUGUUUGAACACACACCCAAAUCCCAAAGUGUCCCGCAUUUAAGCUCCUCUUUAAAUGGCGUGUACAGGGGCUGAUCUGAGAUUAGUUUAUCAUACAGAGCUCGUCCAUCAAUUAACGCUUAUACAUGCAUUCACUGAUUCUGAGGUUGCAUAUAUAUAUAUAUAUAUAUAUAUUUUUUUUUUUUUUGCCUUUCAAAAACAUAAAAAUUUAGGCCAAAUUCAAUUGCAACAAUCUUUCACAAGCUGACUGAGACAUGUUAGAUAUACAAUGAAUCAAAUAUAAAGCCAUCAAAUCACACAAAACAAAUAAACAAAAAAAUGUAUAAAAUACCUUAACAAGGGUGGACACCCAUGACAUGUGGAGUCCCACAAGGCUCGAUUCUGGCACCACUCCUGUUCAACCUUUAUAUGCUCCCUCUGAGCCAAAUAAUGAGAAAGAACCAAAUCUCCUACCACAGCUAUGCUGAUGACACUCAGAUCUACCUAGCCUUACUGCCUAAUGACUACAGCCCCAUUGACACCCUCUGCCAAUGCAUUGAUGAAAUUAACAAUUGGAUGUGCCAAAACUUUCUUCAGUUAAACAAAGAGAAAACUGAAGUCAUUGCGUUUGGGAACAGAGAUGAGGUUCUCAAGGUGAAUGCGUACCUUGGCUCU